AUGGUUCUUAAGGCACAUCUUUACCGGUGUCUCACGUCAAUCAGCCUACUGGCUGCACCAAUUGCCUGCGACGACUUUCGCGACAGUUGUCUCGACUUCAAGCCAGCAAACCUCAUACGCAAUUCCACAUUGACGCGACAAGAAUUUAUCUCAGCCAAUACGACGCUGGAUUUAUCCGAUAACGUCCCAUCCUGCAACCGUCGCUCACAGCUUAUCUCGGUCGACCUCUGUCGCAUUGCUCUCCAGAUUCCUACUUCGAGCCGAUCCAGUAUCAGCUUUGAGUUAUGGCUGCCUCAAGAUUGGGAGGGAGAACGAUUGCUCGCAACUGGCAAUGGAGGCGUUGAUGGAUGUAUUAAAUACGAGGAUCUUGGAUAUGGUACCUCCAAUGGUUUUGCUACCGUGGGUACUAACAACGGUCACAAUGGAACCACGGCUAUUGAUAUGCUGAACAAUCCUGAUAUCAUCAAAGACUUUUCUUACAGAGCCCUACAUACCGGAACUGUCGCGGCUAAGAAACUCAUCAAGUCCUUUUAUGGCAAAUCAUCUGCGAGAAACUACUACAUCGGCUGUUCAUUAGGCGGUCGUAUGGGAGUAAAGGCUGCAGAGGCAUACCCAAAAGACUACGAUGGUAUUGUAGCUGGAGCUCCCGCUGUUGAUUUCAACAACCUGCAGGGGCAGAGAGCCAUGUUUUAUCCGAUAACAGGCGAUGCCAAUUCCACCGACUAUAUCCCUCUGAGCACCUGGACUGGCCUCAUCCAUAAUGAAGUUCUUUCCCAAUGCGAUAAGAUUGAUGGGGUUGAGGACGGCAUCAUUGAGGUUCCAGAAAAAUGCAUCUUCAAUCCCAAGACUUUGCUGUGCAAAACCGAUCAGACCAGCAACUGCCUCAACUCGGCCCAGGUCAAACAACUGGAGAGAAUCUAUGCUCCUUAUACUUACCCGGACGGCAGACUUAUCUUUCCCCGUAUGAACCCCGGCAACGAGCUACAGGCAGUCUCAAAGCUUCUUGCUGGAAAGCCGUUUGACUAUUCAGUGGAAUGGUUCCGGUACGCCGUUUACAACGACCUAGAUUGGGAUCCUAGUACCUAUAGCGUCGACGAUGUGCGAAAGGCUGACAAGUUCAACCCAUCCAACAUACGUACUUAUCCUAAGACGUUACCUGCUUUCAAGAAACGUGGUGGAAAAUUGCUUAGCUACCACGGCGGACAGGACAACCAGAUCACGCAGUUCAACACCCACCGGUUCUGGGAUCGGAUGUACUCGGCCGAUAACGACCUGCACGACUAUUUCCGUUACUUUCCCAUUUCCGGCAUGAAUCACUGCAACACGGGUCCUGGUGCCUGGGCUGUGGGACAGGGUGGAGGUGUUCCAGCUGCGGGUGUCCCUUUCGAUCCCAAGUACAAUGUGCUAGCAGCGAUUGUGGCCUGGGUGGAGAAGGGAGAUGCCCCCGAGACUCUCACGGGCACAAAGUUUAUUGAUGAAACUUACAGUAAGGGCAUUGACUUCCGUCGCAAGCAUUGUCUGUAUCCCAAGGUUCAGACAUUUGUUAGUGGAAAUCCUAAGGAGACGUCGAGCUGGCAAUGUAGAUAA